UGAUUAUCCGGAGAAAAUCCCACCGCCUCUUGUUCGGCUCCAAAUUCCCAGCCCUCUAUCCAAUCGGAACCAGUCCCCCUCUGCCUUGUGUUUCCUCAGUGUGAUUAGCUCUUCGCUCUGACAUCGCCGCCGCCUCUCCUCAUCGGCUGCCGCGACCGACAGUGACGAAGACGACCGACUCACAUGUCGAAGAAAGGGGCGGCGCUCCCGAAAGACGUCCCUUGGAGGGCGGCCUCCACCAAGCCCAUCCCGAAAAUCCACCACGGCCCCGUCCUCCGCAUCUCCCAGACGCCCUACUCAAACUAUGCUCUCUCCGUCAUGAAGCAUCCCGAUCCAAUUGGAAGUGGAUUGGCGACGGGAGCUAUUGUCGAAGCAGCUGGACCUGAUUGCAUCGUUCCCGGUCAAAUUCCUCCUGUUAAACUGCUCGGUGUCAAGGUUUGGCCUAUUAAUGUCGAUCUGAAGUUUAUUGAACCCAUUGAGAAGGAACUUAAGUUGCUCGGAAAGUUUAUGGACUCAGCAGUUAACCUCAUGAACAAGUCCUUUAUAGACCAGUAAUAGCCAAGUGGAGCGAUAACUAUAUAGAAGAUUCAUCCACUGCAUGUUCUCGUGUGGCAUUUUUAUCUCAAGUCGAGGCCAACAUGGGGACUUUUUCUCGUCAUCCUCACUGUGGAAAAUACUGUGACAUGUUUUCUCUGUACUCUCACAAGCUAUGCCAUGGAAUGCAGACUCUCGUUUUCAGUAGGCUGAACCCAUUGUAUUGCAGUGAACUGUUCUCGAGUUAUCGUGAAUGUGAAAGAAAUGAAACCCAUACCCGUAGAGCGGGUUUCUUUUUACUCUCUUCUGUUGAUGCAAAAGAAGGCUAUAAUAAUCAACCAAAUUCAGGCUUCAGAUAUUCGGCCUUUGGGCAUCAAAUGUUCCUAUGACUCAAGAAGACAAAUGGGCCAAAGAAUAAGAUAAGCUAUCCUGUCAUCGAUUGACUUGUGCACAUAACGCCGAAGGCAGUAACCGAAGAAGAGAUUAGGGCUCCUUUAUUACGUCAUGAGGAUACAGUGACCUACUUGAUCACAUAUUUAAUAGGGAUUUCUUCCCAGUUUCAUGCAUCUGAGAGGAUAACAUAGUUGGUGGAGCUUCCACAAGCUAGUGUUGUCCACCUAUGGCUGCAGUGCAGAGUGCCCCAGAUUUUCAUGUCACUUCCGGCCUUAUAAGUAGCCCUUGGCCUCUGCACUCGUAUGAUAUCCCGAACUACACUGUCGACUGGUUCCAUAAGAAUGUCUCAUCGAGCAGUAAUGCGAGAAGAAGAAACUAUGCGGAAAGGGAUUUGGCUCGAAGAGGAAGACGAUCAAUUGGUCGCAUUUGUUUCCCUUCUAGGGGAUCGGAAAUGGGAUCAUAUAGCGAAAGUGUCUGGUCUAAGGAGGAGCGGUAAGAGCUGCAGGCUGCGGUGGAAAAAUUAUCUGAGGCCUAAUCUCAAGCGUGAGAAUAUAAGCGCCGAGGAGGAGAGGAUCAUCGUCCAACUUCAUGGGCAAUGGGGCAACAAAUGGUCAAAGAUUGCCCAAUUUUUGCCUGGUAGAACAGACAAUGAGAUCAAGAAUUACUGGAAAACCUACUUAAGGAAGAGGUUGCAGGUUCCACAAGACGACUUUCAGUCUAGAACAAGCGAAUCCAAUCAAGAUACCUUUCCCGAUACAUGUGAUAAGUACACCAACAAUGAUCAUGACCACGAACGAUGCAGUUCCGCUGCUGAUGGCUUACUAUCGGCGAGCGGGACCUGUUCUGAUCAUCUUGAGGCCUCAAAUUACGAAAACUGGAUGAACUCUCCAUAUGAGUCUCGGUUGCUGGAUUGGAUUUCAGAGCCAUUGUACAGUCAAGGUGAGAUGGACAGAGUGCGGCAUUUGGAUUCAGUCCUGAUCAGUGAAUAUCCUAUAUGGGACUUGGAUGGAGGCAAACCUCUUAUAUGGGACCACUCGAUCUCCCUCUGGGAUUGCAAGGAUCAUUAAUCUGAGUCCCGCUCAGUUCCAUAUUCUCUUGCUAGGAUGGCAUAACAUGUCAAUGGAACAGUCUAAGACGCACGAUAUAUAUAAUAUAUGUAUAUAACGUCGCGGAUCUAUUACAUAUAUAACUCGGGGCAAUUCUUCUCACACCUCGGGCGAGAGGAGGGGGGAUAAUUUGGCCGCCUCAGAACUAGACUUGGCAUAGUGUGAGUCCACACAUGUGCGCGAAAGUGUAAUCCGCUCUGAUAUCAUGUAAAAAUUCCCACUGGGCAUUUCUCCAACCCAAAAGCUCGAGUUAACAGGUUGUGGUACUUAAUCACUUAUAAACUUGUGAAUUUUUCUUUA